UUUUGACCCCAGGGACGAACGUGCAGUGGAGUCUUUCUGCCCAGGGUGGCAUGGAGCCUAAGAAGAGGCGAUGCCGACUUGCAGGACACCGCGGUCACGUUUUAAUGGAACGUUCCAACACCUGUGUGCUUCUCUGUGUUCCGCACUUCCUGUCCUUGGCAAGCUUGGCGUCUCCGCUGCUCUGAGAUGCAUGUUAUGAAUAGCUUGCCCCUGGUCAGUGACAGGGAGAGUGACGACGACGGUGCCAGCCUCAUGCCCACUCCUUCCACCGGCAGCUCAGCUGGCACAGAGGGCCCUCCCAGCAGCUCGCCCCCUCCACCACCUCCACCACCUCCCCCGAAGAUCCCACCGCCUCCGCCCCCCCCUCUGGCAGGUGCAGGCAACUCCACUCAUGGCUCACGAGUGAAAAGGCGGGUCCGGAGCUUCUUCUGGAAGCCCAUCCCAGAGGAGAAGGUUCGGGGCAGGGCCAACAUCUGGACACUGUCCAUGAGGCAGCAGCAGCACUACCAGAUCGACAUGCGCACCAUCGAGGAGCUGUUUGGCCAACGUGAGGACGGCCGCGACGGAGUCAACCAAGCAGGCUGGUCCAGAAGGUCCUUCAGAGAGACUAAGGAGGAGAUUCAUAUUCUUGACUCCAAGAGAAGCAUGAAUGUGGGCAUUUUCCUCAAGCAAUUUAAAAGGUCAAACCAGGCUAUUAUCGAUGAUAUCCGCCAUGGAAACAGCAAGCUCUAUGGCCAGGAGGCUCUGAAGGAGCUGCUAAAACUACUGCCGGAAUCCGACGAGGUAAAGAAACUCAAAGCGUUCAAGGGUGACACCAGUAAACUGUCAUUAGCGGACUCCUUCAUGUACCAGUUAAUUCAGGUGCCAAGCUUUGACGUCCGCAUAGAGGCCAUGGUUCUCAAGGAGGAGUUCCCUCAACUCUGCUCAGCAAUGAACCACGAGAUCGAUGUCAUUCGCCUGGCUACUAAAGAGUUGAUGACUUGUGAGGAGCUUCAUGCCAUCUUGCACUUGGUGCUGCAGGCCGGGAACAUCAUGAACGCAGGCGGGUAUGCCGGAAACGCAGUGGGCUUCAAGCUCUCAUCUUUGCUCUCCAUGGCGGACACCAAGGCUAACAAGCCAGGCAUGAAUCUGCUGCAUUUCGUAGCUCUGGAAGCGCAGAAGAAGGACAAGAACUUGCUGAGGUUCCCCGAGAAGCUGCCGCAGGUCCACAGUGCUGUCCGAAUAUCUGUAGACAACAUUGAGGCAGAACUUCACUCGCUGCAGAGCAGGACCGUAUCGGCCGAGGAGAAGGUGCAGAGGAACACGGAGCUGCUUCAGCAGGUAGAGAGGUUCCUGCAGCAAUCAAAGAAAGCCUUGGAAGAGCUGUCCAGGAGCUGGCUGGACCUCCGCAGGGAGGGAAACGUGUUAAUCGAUUUCUUCUGUGAAGACAAGGACACGUUUAAACUGGACGAAUGUUUCAGGAUAUUCCAGGAUUUCUGUCAAAAAUUCCAAAAAGCUGUCAAGGAUAACCAGGAGCAGGAGCAGAAGGAGAUGGCCAGGCAGCGGCGGUUGCUGGAGCUGGAGGAGAAGCGGCACUCAUGGGCCAGUGCUGACCGGGACAGUGGCGGCAGUGCCUUCGGCCGCAGCAGCAGCGAGAACGACGUGAAGACACUGAGCCAGGACAGUCUGCUGGAACUGCUGCGGCUACGGCCUGACAGCCCGCAGGGCAUGCGACGCUCGGCCAGCUUCAAGCGCUCCCGCCAGUCCCCGACCGGCACUGCUGCCGACCGCCAGCUGCAGGAGUACCUGGAGCGUGGUAGUACUGGGGAGCCCAUCCGCUUUGACAGCCUGCCCCGCUCCGGGCGCGACCCCCACAGGAAGAGCCCCGUCUGGCUCACACCCCCCGGCACCCCUUACGGCCGGCUGGACAACAGUGAUGCUCCAUAUGGACGGAGAUUCAGCUCAGGUUCUAUGCAGAACACCAACCUGACACGCCCUGAGGACCUUGAUGAAAGAGCCACAAGUUACGGGCCGAUCAAUGUCAGCGUGGAACGGCAUGUGAUGGCGCCGAAACUGCAGGGGUUCGAUUUCAUUUCUCACAACAACAAUCAUAACUUGCAUGUGAGCGGCCAAGUUAUCGGCGUGACUCCGGAGACGGCUGUGGGAAGCCUGGACGCUCCCCCUUCGGAUACGUCUUCACUGACCAAGAGCUCUGAAGGAGAGGCUCACGGAAACGUUUGGGACAGUAAAAGAGACUCAUCACAGAUAACCGCGUCUUCCAGGAAAGAAGACGAGGACAACAGCACUAUUUCCUCUACAACCUGCGAUGUGCCUCUACCUACAGACAGCGCAGCCCCAUCCAGGAGAAAUACUGUUCUCCAUUUAUGUGGGCCAGAAACGGAUUGUUCUGUGACCUUGGACAACCAGGAAGUGGACAGCAUCUCAGACUCGCAUGACGGAUUUACCACGGGUGCUAAGUUGCCAAAUGAACUGCAGCAUUCGGUAACUUCCCAUAACGACCCUCGGUGCACUGACAAGUCAUCUCCACAUGAAUCAGCAGCCUCAGAACCUGCAUCCACAGACAAGCCCUCGCCAUCUGCAUCCACUAAUGCAACUACAACUGGUCUUCAGAGUCUGGAAAAUAAUAACACAGUAAAGGGCAAACAUACGCAGAAAAAUGCAGCACUGCAAGCUAAUGCAACAAAUGCAAACUCAAGAACUAAGCUCGCAUGCAAAAAUUCCCCAUCCCACUCCAGAGUGAGGACGCUGCACCCCUCCGAGAACCAGAACAUGCGCAAGGUGGUCACCACAUCCAAACUAAACCGAACGCCCAGUACUGCCAGUAAAUCCGAGAACCGGGUCAGCAUCGAGGCCCGGCGGCCCCAGCGGGACCAGAGCACCCCAGGCAGGAGUGAGAAGGCGCCCCAGGCCGCACGGCGCGCCAGCCUGCCCCUGGAGGAGCCCAGGCCUCAGGGAGCCACAGCAGGGGUUGGCAUCUCCCAUAGGGCCCGAGACGUCACCUCACGCCCACCCUCGAUCCACAAGCCAAAGCCCAAAGUCACCCGGGUGGUACCCAGGCCUCCCCCAGAGGAGAAGAUGUGCCGGUCCACCAUGCGUGCCCUGGCCCAGGCCCAGGCCCAGGCCCAGGCCCAAGCAGCCCCUGGGUCUGGCCCCACUGAGGCAGCCACACCCAAGGCCUCCCUGCCCGGCUUUGCCCGCAACACGGUGGCCUCCUCCUCACGGAGGAUGAGCAGCCCUGUUGCUGCACAGAGGCAGGCAGCCAGGGCAGCAACACCGAGCAGCCAUGACGAGAAAGGCCAGGGGCCCCUGCGCCGGGUGCAUAGUCUGAGGGUCCCCAAGGCACGAGCUCAGCCAGGCGAGAUGCCCCCUCUCUCCAGGGAACGGCAGCGCAAGAGCAGCGGCAGCUUCUCCGAUAAGUCCUUCCGCUCCAAAGACUCGAGCUCCGGCAGGCCGCAGCGCCCCGCGUGGAAAUAGCGGCUGGCCAAGGGCAAAGCUAACUGAAGGGCCUCACUUCGGUCACAUCAUUCCAGGUGGGAUGUGAAAAGUGUGAACGCACUGGAGCCACUUGGAAGACACUGGCAGUAUCUGGGGUCACUGGAGACGGGCGAUAGGUCUCCCACGGAGCCUGACAUCUACCAGCGCGCGCGUGUGUGAGAGACAGAGAGAGAGAGAGACAGAAAUCAAGAGAGAUGCCUGUGUGACAACAGACAGUCGGGGAGGGAGCGCCCCCUAUUGCAGGCUUUCAAUACUACAGUCUGACACCAGUCACUGACCCACACAUGACGCAUUCACUUGUGUCGCUGUGUUUGCAGUGUUUUACACGUUCCCCACUCCUUUGGUCAUGUUUCUGUUAACUGUCCAUGGGAGGGGUCGUACCUGUCAGAAGAGUGCUUUUGAAGACGUGCUUUGAAGGUGACUGUCACAGACCCCCGCCAAGUACCACAGCAUGUUUCUCUGCAGUGCAAUGAACCAUGAUUGGUUGUCCUCUUGGAUACUCCAGUGUCCUUAUUACACUUACCCUGCACUCAGCAGCUAAUUCUGUAGCAAUAUGAGGACAAGCAAACACGAGUGAAUACACACAAAAAAAGUCAUCAAUCACAGACCUUUAAGUUGGUGUUUUGUUGGGUUUCACUCUCCCAUAACAUUACAUUCUUUCUCCUUAAGAUUUUCUUUUUGCUCUCUCCUGUUUGAAAUCCAUCCUCACUACAAGAUGCUCACCACAGGACGCUCACUACAGGACGUUCACUGCAUGACGCCUAUUGACACCUAUCUGCAUGAAAACAAAUGGUGAUGCGUGUCAGGGGCCUCUGAGUGAGCAGUGAGAUGGUAAUAUCAGGAAAACGUGUAAAACGUACUACCUUCCAGCUGCAGCCACAAGGUGGCGCUCUAAUAACCGGGACAAAAGGCCAGAACGCCAGUGUUUAUCGCGGUAAAUCUCCCCUCUGUGCCCCGGUGACGUCAUUAACACACCGCCCUCACCUUGGCGCCCGAUGACGCUUGUGGACUUUUAAGCGGCUCGCAUUCGCGCCAGCUUCAGCUCCAUGACAACCGUCGGAAGCCGCGCAAGUAUUCCGGCACCUUCCAGGAGGUUCCUACACACAAUGAGGCCGCAUGAAUCCCUGGCCCUCUAAUCACAGUAACUGACUCAGUUAAAGGUCGCCUUUCUCACACUUUGGUUUUCAAUGUUAGAUUAAUCUUUCGUCUAUUUGUGUUCUAAGAAUAAUAUUCGCAACCGAGGAGCAAAAUGAGAGCGAGUCAUUGAGCUAUUCCAGGUUCAAACAGACGUUAAAUAAGGAAAAACGGCGUUUUACCGGCUAGGACGAGCCUGCUAAUAAUAAAAGUCCUUACGCUACUGUGGUGUUAUGCUAACACGCUGGAGCUUCUCAGCCGAACGUUAUUUUGUUCCCAUAUCUGCAGUAGACGUUGUAGCGAUGUGGCAGUGUGACCACUAGAGGGAACCGGAGCAUUAAAAUAAUGUCACUUAAAACGCGAGUCGUCACUGCCAGUAUGUCACCACAGAAUGUUAUUUUUUUAGUAUUUAAACCUAAAUUUUAAGUUUAAAUUUAUGGAAACGUGGUACUUUAAUUGCGUUUCUAUUCACUGUAUCAUUUCAAAAAGAUCAAUAGGGACCAAGUACUGUAUGCCUCGUCCCUUAUUUAUAUGCUGACCACAAGGAAUCGCACCAGACUGGGUUUAAUACAUAAACAAAUAAAUGUGCCGGGUGGACCUUCGUCUUUUAUUGCCAUGAGUGGAAUGUAGUGGGCAAAACUGCAUUUUCAUGUCUCCAUCGCUUCUGUAUGGUGCUUAAGAUGAUUGCCCUGGCUUCUCAUGAGCCCGUGAGUUCGGGCGCUGCUUUGGCCUCAGUGCGGCGGCAGAAGUUGUCAUCUUUUAAAAUACUGCGACGCUUGUUCCUGCAGACUAAGCACUCGGCUCGCACUGACCUGGAAUAAGGAGCCACUUCAUUGUCUGCUCAUUUUUCAAUGCACUGCAUCCCAGUGGCACGUUUCUUUUGCUGAAUCAUUUCCUACUUCGCUCAUAAGCACAUUUACAGAGUUUGGACGGCCUUUUAGGAAACAGCUAGGAAUCUGAACCGGCUCCAGUAAGACAGUGCAUCGCCUAUGAACGUUUUACACCAAAUCGUUGUUAAACUUUCAACAUUCUGAACCUCUGUCAAUUAAAUUACCUGAUGUCUCCCUGCCACUUCACUGUCAUGUUAAAUCUUGUGUGUUACAGGCUACUUGCUUUAUAUCGCUUUAUUUUAAAUUCAUUUGUAGUUUUUUAAUACGUGCUGGCUGGUUAUUUGUCCAGGUGCGCUGAUAAAAAUAAUUUCUUUGCUAAACAUGAUGUACAUUCAAACGUAUUUUCCCCUCAAUAUAUGGAAUAACAAAAUGUGUUUUACCGGACAACAGGUUAAUGUUCAUAAAAGAGUGGAUUGAUCAAAACUACUACUGUCAUCAUUGUUGUUGUUUCUGAUCUACUGAAUAAAAGAGGAUAUUCAUUGAUGGUUUUGUAAUACUGAGAGGUAAAUAUUUCUUUUAACGACUAUAUGCAGUCACAAAGAAUAUCCCGGUAACUUUAGCUUUAUUUGAAGCACACCAACACACCAUCACUUUUAAUUGCUGCUCUUGGCAUUUUGGAUAAGAAAAUGUAAUAAAUACCUGAUUAGGAAGUCUGACUUCACCUCAUGCUGGUAUUUCUACGGAAUGCUUCAAAUACGAAGAUGAAUAACAUGAAGGUUGCCCUGUAUUUAUUUUUAUUAGCAUAUAUUGGUGUCUGUAAUACAAUGAAAUUCUUCAAAGUACAGUGAAAUUCUUGCUUGAAUGCCUUCAACAAGGCAAUUAACAGAGCAGUGCAACGUCACAAAACUACUGUACAAAAUGCUGCCUGGUCGCUUGCUGUAGGGAUGGAGCAUCUUUGAUGUCUUAAAUUUCUGACAUGGAUCUUGUUUUUAACUUCAAAUGUUGGUAAUUAUUAAUUAAUCCGUUUUGAAUCAGAAUCUCAUUUUAUUUCUGUAGAGAGUAUGUCAAGACCGUUGAAUAAUGAAUUAUCCAAAAUGCAUUCCUUACUGAAGACUACUGUAUUAUAUCUCUUUAUUGGAGUCUCUCCAGUGUUAAUGCGAUUUUUCCGUGUUGCACUGUUAUUGUGAAAAAAAUUGAGAUACCGGACAGACACGUGUGUAUCAUUACGUUGCCAUUCAAUAUCUGCGAAUGCGUACUUCCAACGUUGUGGCCAUAGCAACGUGCCGCAGAACAUACAAGCAUGAUGUCAUAAUAAAAGCCUGCACCAGCACAAUGGGUGCAAUUUGGUGAUUAUGGACGGGACGUUUAUGUUGAUCUUUUGGAUUGUAUCAUUCUGAUGUUGGCCAUGCUGCAUUUACUAGUUUGUAAAACGAUUUUGCCUUUUCUGGCAGAACUGAAGUUUAAUACCGAAGGCAUCUUAUCUGAGUUACUUCUGUGCACAUUUUACAAUUUAUAAGCCUAUUUCAAAAUAUUGAAUGCACUUUACAGUAAGCAAUUAAUCAGUUUGCUGUAAAAUUGAAAGGUUUCCUUAAUCUUUAAAGGUUCAGCGAUCCAAGUUCAUACUAAGCUGGAUGCUGUUGAAGUGCUGCUCCACAAAUCCCCAUACUGUCAUGCACAGUUAGUGGGGGGAAAUGAGGGGGAAAAAUGAGAGAACUCUGUGUAAAAAAAACUAAGUGUUAAAUGACACAACAAGUGAUCAUGGAAAUGUUGGCGUCCCAACUCCUGUAGGAAUCUGGUGCCUUUUUUAUCAGUCAAUCUCACAAAGGAGUGAUGCUCUAUUGUUGCAAAUAGAGCAAGUAUUAUGGGAGUCUGAAUAUAGGUCAAAGUGGAUGGCAAGGUUUGCUGAGAAUGACUUUAUGGAAUAUGUUUUAUUACCAUGUGUACUAUUGACUCUUUUCUCCAUAGUUGAACUGAAAGAUAAAAGUUAAAUAAAGUGAAAUGUCUGGUGAAUACUUAAGUUUAAAGAUAGAGAAGGUGAUAAGGCUCUGAAGUGCUCCUAAUGGGAAUGAGUCUGACCCUCCAUUCUGAAUAUGGACACGAUCUGUUAUAUGCAUCUGUACACUGCAUGGGACACACUGUGUUAUAUGCAUCUGUACACUGCAUGGGACACACUGUGUUAUAUGCAUCUGUCCACUGCAUGGAACACAUUGUGUUAUAUGCAUCUGUCCACUGCAUGGGACACAUUGUGUUAUAUGCAUCUGUACACUGCAUGGCACACGCAAUGUUAUAUGCAUCUGUCCACUGCAUGGGACACACUGUUAUAUGCAUAUGCACUCCAACUAUUUUGAAUUUGGAAACUUGGAAACUAUUAUUACUAUGAUUGUUAUUGUUACUGUGCAUAAAAUCAAAUUGUUCUUUUUGAGCUGUUGUAGUUUUUGUAGUCAAAGCUUUUUAUUAGGACUAAUUUACUGUUAAUGUCAUGGGUUCAGACAUGGUUAGAAUUUACUGAUGUGGUCUGAUGUAGCCAGAGUAAGCACAUACUGCCUGACCUUUGUGAAAACAGCCCACGCCGUUUGUAGCUUGAUUGAUGUUGAGGUCUUAACUGCGUGACAGUGCUCCAGUCUUCAUCAGAGCAACCGUCAGCAAAGCAGCAGCCAGCUGGAGUGCAGU